CCAAUCUAACGGUCCGAGGCCAGCGCUCUGAUCUCCACAGAAGAUUUUUUUUUCUUCCCUUCACGGGGCUGGCCGUUUAAACAGAAAAACAGGGGUAAAAAAGAAAAUAUACCCGCCCCCAGACGUGCCUCCCCAGCGCCGCAGGGAGCCAACAGACACGCUGGAGUUUCACAAACAGCAAUAGUCUUCGCGCUCCUGAAAAGCAGGGCUGGACGCUCUCCGUGGUGCUGAACCGCUUCGAGGCUGUCUCUGUCCGUGGUACCUAGAGCCCCCACGCUCCAAUUUCCCCUGGGGCUCUCCCUCCGCGCCCCUGUUCCCCACCUCCCCUUAGGAUUUGGAUUAUUUUUUUCAACAGCGCUCACUGUUUUGUAAGUGCCAAUUUGAAACAUUUUUGCCCCCGUAACUCGUGGACUACAAAGCACAAGGACCUGAAAAAUGUACAGCUUCAAUACUCUUCGCCUCUACCUUUGGGAGACCAUGGUAUUCUUCAGCCUUGCUGCUUCUAAGGAGGCUGAAGCGGCCCGUUCCGCACCCAAGUCUAUGUCACCCUCGGAUUUCCUGGAUAAGCUAAUGGGGAGGACCUCUGGAUACGAUGCCAGGAUCAGGCCCAAUUUUAAAGGGCCCCCGGUGAACGUGAGCUGCAACAUUUUCAUCAACAGCUUCGGUUCCAUUGCUGAGACAACUAUGGACUAUAGGGUCAACAUCUUCCUACGGCAGCAGUGGAACGACCCCCGGCUGGCCUACAACGAAUACCCGGAUGACUCUCUGGACCUGGACCCAUCCAUGUUGGACUCCAUCUGGAAACCUGACUUGUUCUUUGCCAAUGAGAAGGGGGCCCACUUCCACGAGAUCACCACGGACAACAAACUGCUGAGGAUCUCCCGGAAUGGGAAUGUCCUCUACAGCAUCCGAAUCACCCUGACACUGGCCUGCCCCAUGGACUUGAAGAAUUUCCCCAUGGAUGUCCAGACGUGCAUUAUGCAACUGGAAAGCUUUGGAUACACCAUGAAUGACCUCAUCUUUGAGUGGCAGGAGCAGGGGGCUGUGCAAGUGGCAGAUGGACUGACUCUGCCCCAGUUUAUCCUGAAGGAGGAGAAGGACUUGAGGUACUGCACCAAGCAUUACAACACAGGCAAAUUCACCUGCAUCGAGGCCCGGUUCCACCUGGAGCGCCAGAUGGGCUACUACCUGAUCCAGAUGUACAUUCCCAGCCUGCUCAUUGUCAUCCUCUCGUGGAUUUCCUUCUGGAUCAACAUGGACGCUGCCCCAGCCCGUGUGGGCCUGGGCAUCACCACCGUGCUCACCAUGACCACCCAGAGCUCAGGCUCCCGAGCAUCUCUGCCCAAGGUGUCCUAUGUGAAAGCCAUUGACAUUUGGAUGGCCGUGUGCCUGCUCUUCGUGUUCUCAGCCCUGCUCGAGUACGCCGCUGUCAACUUUGUGUCUCGGCAGCACAAAGAGCUGCUCCGAUUCAGGAGGAAGCGAAGACAUCACAAGGAGGAUGAGGCCGGAGAGGGCCGCUUCAACUUCUCUGCCUAUGGGAUGGGCCCAGCCUGCCUUCAGGCCAAGGAUGGCAUCUCGGUCAAGGGCACCAACAACACCACCACCACCAACCCACCUCCUGCGCCAUCUAAGUCCCCGGAGGAGAUGCGAAAACUCUUCAUCCAGAGGGCCAAGAAGAUUGACAAAAUCUCCCGCAUAGGCUUCCCCAUGGCCUUCCUCAUCUUCAACAUGUUCUACUGGAUCAUCUACAAGAUCGUCCGCAGGGAGGAUGUCCACAACCAGUGACGGGUCUGGGAUGGGGGGAGGCUGGGAGAGGGCAGAGUGGGAAGAGCGCAGGAAUCUGAGGGCCGAA